UUUAACUUUUGAAAAUCAGGAAAAAUAACAACGAAUACAUAUUUCUGAGUAAAAAAAUAUUUGAAAGGAAGCAUGUCAUCAUCACGAAGUUUAUUAGAAAAAUAUGAUAUCCCUGUAUCUUAUUUGGAUUAUGGAUAUAUUAACGAGUGUAAUAACCCAAAAACUUUGGAGAAAAUCGUCGCGAUACUUCGAUCCGGUCAAGAAGGAUACUUUCCAGAUUUGACGAGACAUGCUGAAGAAAAGUUAAAAUCCUUAAAACCACGAAGCAAGAUUCUUCGAACAGAGGAUCCUUUAUUAACUAGGCAUGCCCUGAGCUCCGCGGAAUGGAAGGAAUUCAAUGAACCCGUAAUGGAUUGGAUUAACGAUAUGCGCAAGAAAGAUAGAGUUCUGUUAAGGGAAGCAGAGAAAGGGGUUGAAAUGACUUUAAAAACACCACCAAUUAGAGAAGGUUCUAAAAAAAUUGAGCCCGCGGUCGAAAAACCUGAAAAUAAAAUAAACCAAACAAAAACUGACCGGAUAAGGUCAACAGAGUAUGCCAAAUGGGACAAAUAUGAUGCUGACACCGAAGAGCUUAAAAUCGACCUUGAAGAGGAACGAGUCAGAGAAGAAAUCGAAAGGAAAAAUCGACGCAAUUUGGAAAAAACAGCACAUUGCAAACAGGAUCCUGUUGAUAGCACGGAAUUAUGUACAUUAACAGACAUUGAAAAAGAGAAGUUGGCUUUACAACAUAAAGAACGUGGAAAUGAUUAUUUCCGAGCAAAAGAAUAUAAGGAAGCUAUUUGGGAAUACACACAAGGUAUCAAGAUAAUUCCUUCCGUGAAUGGUUAUAAUAAUCGUGCAUUAGCUUUUAUGAAAUUGAAUGAUUACCAAAAGUGCAUUGAAGACUGUGAUAAAUGCCUUGAACUUGAUUCAAGAAAUAUAAAGGCUCUUCUUCGAAAAGCGCAGGCUUUGCUUAACCUCGAUAAACGUAGAGAUGCUUACGACGUAUAUGUACAAAUUAUCUUAUUUGAACCAGGAAACAUUACAGCAAACAAUCAGAUAAAAGAUUUGCAAAAGCAACUUCCAGAUUUACCACCAAUUUCGGCAACUAGAAUUCGCAUAAUUGAAGAAGAUUCGAGCUCUGGUGCACAGCAGGACCAAAGUAAUAAAAAUGCAGGAAACUCAUUCGCGUUGGGAGAAGGAAGUUCAAUCGAUGGUCAAAAUAUAGAUAGAGCCAAUUCACUGAAAAAAGAAAGCAAAGGCUCCUCUACUGGAAAGGAUAUGAAUAGAGGAGAGACUAAAUCCGCCAAUCCGAAACAAGAAAUCAAAGCACAAUGUCCUGAGCAGGAUUUGGCUAAACUAAUAAUGCCUAAUAAGGUUGUUAAAAGCAAGCUCAAAGCUGCUGUUGAAAAACUUGGUAGCAUGCAAAAACAGUCAAAAGUGGAAUUUCAAAAAGCUGCCAAGAAGAAAUCGGAUAAACCGCCUGAGAUGCAGAUACAGUUAGAGAAAAUGGAUAGAGAUAAUUGCAAAAACAAAGUUCUUAUUGAAGAAAUAUAAGUGGAUUGACAGCGGUGCGUAUUUACUAAAUAA